AUGAACAUAGAAGCCAACCGAAAGAUUGAGGCACUUAAUAGGGAACUCACAGAGAAAGAUAAUGAUGAAACUCCUUACAAAGGAGUGAAAGAACCAGUCGAGGAGUUAAAGGAGAAAGAAAGUGAAAUGCAAAGCUUGGAAGAGCUAAACAAUGUUCUUUUAAGAACGGAAAGAGAAGCAUAUGAUGAGCUGCAAGCAGCUCGUAAACCCGCAGUUGAGCUUCCCAAUGAAGAAUGGGAUUUGAGGGCAUCAGAGUUAUGCUCCUUAUGGGAAGAACGCACAAGAAACCCAUCUUGGCAUCCUUUCAAGACGGUUACUAUUAAAAGCAUGGACAGAGAGGUCAUCGAUGAAAAUGAUGACAAGUUGAGAGAACAAAACGAAUAUGGGGAUGAAUUUUUCAAGGCUGUGGAGACGGCAAUGUUUCAACUCAAUGAAUACAAUCCAAGUGGAAAAUACCCCGUUCCUAUUCUCUGGAGUUUCAAAGAAAGAAGACAAGCCACAUUGGAAGAAUAAUUCAUCAUUUCGUGAAUCAAAUCAAGAACAAAAAGAAGAUAUGGCAUAGAUAGUAGUGUUUGUCCAGGGUAUUGACUGUUAGAUAUGUCAGGUUUUAUUUAUUGACCUAGAUUUUGGCCCUACACCUUGGAGAUGUUCAUUAUUUUUAAAACAAUAUCUGCUGUAUAAGAAUUAAAAGUUUAAUCUUAUCAAAUUACAUAUGAGGAAUUGGCCUGCCGGUCAAAGAUCAGCAAAGAUGAAGGGCUAUAACGCACCAUACGGAGAAAAUAAACCAAUAUGAUGCAAGUGAACUUAUGCAAGUUUUAGGAAACAAUUAGUUCCAGUUUAUCCAUGCUUUGUCUGUUGUCUGGAAAAUUGAGAAUUCAAGAAAUUCCAAUUUCAACUCAACGAACCACGUGUUUGGGUUGUUCUGUUGCAUCGCCUAUCUAUUGGAACUUGAGUAUCAAAUCAUGCACCCAAAUUCAACUGUUACUAGUAAAAAAUGAAAAAAAAGGACAUAUCAGAUGCCUUGAACAUGUAACAGCACGAACCAUCACUUACUGAAAAUUCGAGAAUUUUUCCUUUUUUUAUAGUACUUUUUAGUGGCAAUUUCUUUGUGACUUGUGCUGAGUAAAGUCUACUUUUUUGAAGUUGACAACUCUUGGCAUGGCAUAAACCUUAAAAGAAAGAACUAUGGGCACCUUUUAUGCUUUCUUUUCUUUCUUAUCUAGCGAUUGAAUCAUAUGCAAAUACUUUGCAAUUUCAAAUACAUGGCUGGUAUUUUAUACUGAGUGGUGGAUUUAGUAUCAUCAUUUUUUAUGAUUUUCUCUGGUUGAACAGUGUAUGAGUUCUUUGGUACGCUGGUUUUAGGAACUAAUGCCUGUGUAACUAUUAGUAUUCAAGUCAUUUUCUCUUGAUCAUUCAACAUGAAUCUUUGUGCAGUCUUCUCAAGCAGCAGUGAAUCAGCUAGUACCACCUAGCAGAGUUUUGUAGUUCUGAGCCUUUAAGACUUUGAUACUUUAGACCGAAACUUUCAAGAAUUAAAACUCAGAUAAAGAGUAUGUUAUGAAAUGACAAACCACAAAGUUGUUUCUAAUUUAUAAUCACUAUGAAGACGAAUUCUUUUUAUGAACAAUGUUAUAUGGCCCUUAACCAAUCCAAACAUAGAAAGGUACUCCAAGCUGCAUCCACGGUGUGUUCCCACUGCAGGAUGGUUGUUUAUCAACGUCCCUAGUUGAAUGUCCUGUUGGCCCCUUGACUUCGAGUAUCAUGUACAAUAGUCUAAUAGCAGUGAUGUGCUUUCCCUUUUACUAUAUUUACUAAAAUGACUUAUUCCUCACCUUCCACGUGCAUUACUUAAAUUGCAACCUACAACCCAGAGUCUUAUACAGAUGUGCGGGAUUUGUCUUAUUUGCAACAACACCUUGAUCAAUAUCCACACUCUGCCAAGUACAGGUUUGGUGCUUCCACAUCAGGCCUUAUUUUUCACUUUGCUUGAGCCAAAACUACCUCACUCUUCCAUUGCAGGAAACUCACCAAAGAGCUAUGCGAGAUUAUUGAAGAUUAUGAUCUGGUCAAUUUCACCACACUGGAUAUUCAGGUAUCUCAGAGAGUAUGCUUGCUGCUUCCAAUGAUGGAGCAAGCUCGGAGGUCGGUGAGCAAGCAAGAAGGGUAGUCUUGAUGUUGUUAGAGCAGCUUUCCCACCCUUCUGGUCUAAAAAACUCAGCAAAGCAGCGACGAAACAAUGAGAUGGUUGCUUGAAUAUCUCACAUAUGGAGAACAAGCUGCCAUGGAAGUGCUGAUACAACACUUUGAGCCUCAUUUGCAAAAUUGGGGAGAGUUUGAUAGGCUUCUGAAGGAGCACCAACACAACCCUAAAGAUGAGAGCUUGGCUGGGAAAACAGCUGCUCAGAGUUUGCUGUAGAGAGCAUCUGAGUCACUUAAAACCAGCUCGUCUGGAGAGAGACUCAAGGACAUGAUUCUAGAGAGAGGGAUACUGAAAUAGCUGUUGAGAGGUGUUUGACCUCUUUUUAUUUUUUCCUAUUUCAUGAGGUGUUUGACUUCCUUGUAUCUUUUUUCCUAUUUCAUGAGGUGUUUGACCUUCUUGUAUCUUUUUUCCUAUUUCAUGAGGUGUUUGACCUCUAGUGGUUUGUAAAUGAUUGUAAUUGGUUGUUGUUUAAUUAAUGGUAAUCCAGUGAUUUGUAAA